AACCUUCCUCCUUCCAAUCGAGACAAAAGAAGGAGAAAGGCGAGGGGAGAAGCUCAUCGCAGAAUUUUUGGAAACGGCUACCAGAACACAGACACACACGCACACACCCUUCCGAACCUCUGCACCUCAUUGUCUACCACAACCCGGUGCAUUCGAACCGCUGGAAGCUGCGUUCCAAUGAUGUCAUACCUGUGGAUCCUGCUGAUCUCUGGAGCCUUGUUGGCUGGACUUGCUAACACACAAGAUGACGUGGCCCCAACAGAGGAUGCUGACGUCCAUUCAACCUUGCUGCCCGAAAUUGUAGAGCAUUUCAACUCCGAGGCUGUUGAGGAACUAGUACCAGAAAGAGAACCUGAGCCAACUGAAGCUGGACCACAUGAAGAAGGAACUCCAGCUGAAGGGGAAGCACAGCCGGACGCUGUAUCCCAGGCAGAACCGGAACCAGAGGAUCUUGGAGAAGAAGAAUCACAAGCAGAUCCUACUGCCGAUGAAGAACCAGGAGCAACUACCGAAGGAGAAGCGGAGGUGGCUCCGGAAGAGGAAGAACCAGCAGCUCCAGAAGAAGACCAAGAGGCGACAGCUCAACCAGAACAAGAGGCUGACGCAGAAGAAGAACCAGAGGCUGCAGAGGAACCAGAACCUACAGUAGAACCAGCAGCUGAACCAGAACCAGAUGCUGGAGCAGAAGCAACAGGCGAACCAGAAACAAAGACUCCAGUAGAACCAGCUGCUGAACCCGAACCAGAGGCUGCAGCAGAACCAGCAGAAGAACCAGAAGCUACUGAAGAAGUAACUCCAUCACCGCAAGGUCCUGCGGCUGGUCCAGAUGAUCCAGAAUCUGCACAUGACAUUGCCGAUGUGGAUGAAGAACCUAGCGCCGGCGCUGAUGUAACUCAUGCCCACGAUGAGCACGGCUCCGAAGAUGAAGGCACAGCAGGAGCCGAUGCAGCUGUGCCACAUGACGAGUCAGCUCACGCGGGAGUGGAGGUGGACGUUGGCACCGAUAUAAAGCCCCAAGUCCCUUCAGAUGGAGGCUUGAACUUGGAAGAUGCUCUGUCACAAAGCGACGCGCAGGACACGCCAGCCCAUUCGGGGAGGAGCAAGAGUGCCGGAUCAGUGGCACAUGUUGCUGAAGCCACAGGAGAAGCUGCUGAUGCUGAAGAAUCCGGCUCGGGCUUCUUGGCGGCAAUUUUGUGUGCGGUGGGUGUUGCCGUUGCGGGAGCGGGCACUGCAUACUAUACCUACCACAGGAAGAAACUCUGCUUUAAGAAUUUGCAUGAGGAAGACCCCGAGGCCGCACGCAAGGUCGACGCAGGCGAGGCUCAGUCGGACCCUCAAGUCCUUAGCAACCUGCUGAACUCUUCGUAGAGCAGAGCUGAUCACGUGACACGACUAGGACCAACCAGUCAAGCAAAGUGGCAAGCUCACUGAUCUGAGGCUUUCUCCACUGUGGAGGCGCAUUACUGUGAGGCCCCCAUUUGGGGCUGUGUGUGUGUGUGUGUUUGUGCGUGCAUACGUGUGUAUUCAUUAGCAUAGUAUGUGGGUAAAGCAACAAAGCAAUUUGAUUAGCAAUGACAAUUGGCCAGACAUUUGUUUGUCCAAACUUCUCAUGGCCGAAAUACUUUUUCUAACUUUACUGACACACGUCCAUUCAUUUAUAGGAAUUGAAAAAAACAACAACACUGUGACUGAUCUCUUUUUUCAUGUCAAUUUUAUUAUUGUAUGUUGACAGGGUUUAACUAUUUAAAACCAGCCACGAUUUACACACAGUUGAAAUGACAUAAUAAUUAAUAAUUUAAAUACAACCCCAACAAAUUGAUUAAAAAAAACAAACAAACGUUAAGUGGCGUGCGUAUGCUUUCUACCACAUAAAGAUCAGCGAUUGGGGUGCAAAAAAAAAUCUAAAUAUUAUCAGUAUGUGUGUGCAGAGUGGACUUGCAUCUGUAUAGCAAUUGAAGUCGUCAGUGGAUGGAAAGUGGGAAGUUCUCAUGAUGUGUGGGAAUCUGGUAAAGAGAUUAGAAUAGGCACUUAAGUCAGGAAAUUCUUGUCUUGAGGUAUAAAAUACUGUAAAUAAACGAAUGAUAAAAAACAAAAACAUGAAUUAAUCCCUUUGCUGCAAAACAGCGUGCCUCUAUCAAAAAGAAAUUUUAAUCUGGGUCUUGAUUUACAACUAUUUGCGACCCUUAUUUAGCUGACUUUGGGAACCGUGCCUACAAGGAGCAUCAGUAUCAAGGCUGAUUUAAGUUCUAACCAAGAUGUUUGGCACAAGUGGUUGAGGAUUGUGGAUUGAUGGACAAUAAAAAAAAAAGCGGCUGUCAUCAUUGAAACACUUUCCAUUGCGUGGAUUUGUGUCCUAAUACAUUUACUCAGUUAGGUGUACUUUAGGAGCUAUUCAAAAGUCCAUAUCACAUUUUAGUGGCUGAAGCCAAGUGUCACUGUGAGAUUUGUAUUUAGAUGCUGUCAGUUGAGUGCCUUUCACUGUCCCAGUCUGGCUUGCCCCGUGUACAGACGCACUGAAUGUCUCCAGAACAUCCACUCUUCAUCGAGAUGCUCAUUUUAAUGGCUCAAAGUAUCCUUUUUAUGUUCUCACAAGCCACAAUUUAAAAGGUUCACCAACACAGUGGACUCUGCAGCGUGAGAAAUAUUGACUUUAAUUGCCAUUUAAAAUCACCGUUGUACCAUUUUGAGCAGGAAAAAAGAAUUUCAAAUGAAAGUCACAUUUGUAUACCCAAAUUUAAAUCACAUCCAGCUAAUCUUGUGGCUUGUGAGUGCAUUGUACAAUGUGGCUCUUUAUUCUGUUCAAGCCAGCUGUCUUUUUCUCUAAUAAUCACCUUUUUUUUCAAUGUAAAUCCUAUCCAUUGUGUUUAGUGAGGGGCCUCAGACUGAUUGUUUUUGAAUAGCGUGUAGCACCUUUAGUGAUUGUUAUUGUGGAAACUUGCCUAAAAAUGAGGUGCUGCGAUGUUAAUGAUUUACUUAGUAUCGUAGCACAAACUGCUAACAUCUGAAUGUCUUUUUUUCUUCUGUUGCCUUACAGUUGCUGUGUUCCCUUUAAAUCUUGUUUGCUGCUUAAUGGUUGAAUAGAAAUAAAAUAAAAAAAAUAAUGCCACACAGCUCAAAUGCUGUACAUGACAGAGGCUGUGACUAACAGUCUAGCCACAAUUAUUUGUAGUAUCGGAAGAAUAUUAAUGACGAUGAAUGAGCUGGACGGCUGCAGAUUGCCCUGUCGAAGUGUAAAAUACCUUGAUUAAAAUUGCAAUAACAAGGGAUGGGCUAAUUUCAGUACAUUUCCAAAUCAUCUGAUGAGUAACACAUCUAAUUGUGUUUAUUGUAUUUAAAUUAUUUUCAAACGGACUUAAACUGAGAUAUACUGUAGACACAAGGUGUGACCAAGAGCUGUUAAUCAUUUUGCUGUGCCUUGGGGGGGGACCUCAUUUGGUUUUUAAUUGAAUGUUGUGGUGAAGAAAAAUACACCAGUUUUGCAACACUCCGUCUUACACAAGUCACGCUAGCAAUGUAGCAGCCGCGACUACUUGUUUACAGUGCACGUUAUGUACGGUGGUGGCAUGUCUCAUGCUCGAGGUAUGUCUUCGAUCAUAGAUUCGAAGGGGCGAAGGAAGAAGUAACUUAAGAAAGGUUAUAUUUGAAUCUUACUGCAUUAUAGCAAAGUCCUCCUUUAAUUUUCAAUUCCCAAUGAUUAGUGAAUUGAUUAAGCCCAUCCCUAAAUUCCAAUGAUACAUUUUGAACAAAACUACAGGCAAAAAUGUACUUUUCAAGCUGUCAAGCAAAAACAUUUGGCUUUAUUAUUACAUCAUCAGUGGACCGCUCCUGCCUUAUAAGCACAUCUUGAUUAUCUUGAUUAUGAGAAGCAACAAGGUUAUGAACACAAAUCUCAAAUUUCCUUUAAAAAUAUUGCGACAUAUCAUUUCUUUUCUAUGGCUAUUCAGUGUGUUUUUUUUAUUGUAGAAAUUGUAGACUUCCUGUUCGUCAUCAAGCACUUGUGGUGUAAAUAAUGUUGAAAAGUUGAAUUAAACAAGCAGUUUCGGUG